AUGACAACCAUCCAGACAUCGACCGAUGCUGCGUCCGCCAUGGAGGACAUACAUGGUGUAGAUGUAUCGUGGCUGCAUCACUCGACUAGAGAUCAUCACCAUCGCCAACAGGCCCCGUCAUCGCCAGGCCUGAGUAGAGAUGCGCCGCCCAAAACCUCAUCCCAUGGCGGAAUACCUGCUCGGCCCCGCCAUGACGAGCAGCAAAUCCAGAAGCCGACACCGGCGACCAACAGACCCGCAUCUCCCCCACGACCGUCUCCUGUCGCGCCUGCACCUGCACCCACAUCUCCUGUGACCGCGACUCCUCCCAUCAAGGUACCGCCGAAGCGACCGACACUACUCAGCCGAGGCAGUUCUGAAAAGAAUGUCAACGGAACCACACCACCAGACUCGAGACUCACGUCGCGGCGCAACUCAUGGAUGAACACCAUCAGUUCCAAAUUCUCCUCGCAGAACUCGCCGGCGCAAACUACCCACGCCCAAGCCCAGGGAUCGCAUGUAUCCCCCAACAACGCCUCUCCCUCGGCCAACGGUGCCCUGAACGGCAUACAAGCAGCUUCGACAGGACACAAUGGCGCCCCUGACCCCUAUGUUCCACAACAGCCCAAGACUUCAUUCGUUGGCAAUGUCCUUCGGCGCCUGUCUUCGGGGUCGCAAGUCAGUGCUGUUGGCAAGGUCUAUCCCAACGGAGGCGUGUGCCCGCGCAAAGUCAUGAACAUUGACCCAAACCGAGAACGAUGUUUAGUGCCCGAGCUUGACCAGCACAAACUGCGCAAGGUUGCAUUCUGUGUCGACGUUGAGAUUGCUGGAGGGCCCAAGUACAAGGACGAAGUGGCUACAGAUGAGAAGCAGCCAAAGCAAAAAGAAAAGAAGAUGAAGGAGCGCGGUGAAGGCGAGGCACUCAAGAACCCGGAUACUGUGGUUGAGCAAAAGGACAAAGCAGGUGUUGUCGCUGUCGCGCAAGAGGCAGUUGGAAACGAAAACGAGCCCAACCCUGAAGGCACAGUCAUAGAGGACAAGCAGGAGACGAGCAAGAAAAAAGAAAAGAAGAAGCGAUCGGAAGCUGAACGGAAGGAAAGGAAAGAGAAGAAGCGCAGAAAAGCCGAGGAGAACGGCACAGUACCUCUAGAGUUGACCAGAGAUGACGAUAGCGGUAGCGCUGAAGGUGUAUCUGCUGCGUCAAGGACAACGGCACCUCCUCGCGCCCAGGAUCGGCCAACGAUUGAUCCACUGCGCAUCUACAGACGAUGCUGUCAACUGCGCGAAUCUCCUAUCCUCAAGCGUAUCAGUGACCAAUUGGCAGCCCCGAGCGCAUGCACCGUUGUUCAGCCCGGUGUCGUCACCUGUCUGGAUUUGACUGGAUCGCGGUUACAACUAGCAGAUUUUCUCACUCUAUCCGAUUGGCUGGCUAUCGUGCCUGUAAAGAAAUUAUUCUUGGAGGACGCAGAUCUGACUGAUGAAAAGAUACGCCUUGUUCUCGCCGGUCUACUCGCUGCCAGGGUUCCAGAACCACCAAAACGUCGUAGUCAGUCCAGCGAAGAUGCGCAGGAUGGGCUUUGCCAACCAGGUUCUUCGGCAGUGAAAAAGCUGGUUCUGAAGAACAACCCCAAAAUCACAUCUGAGGGCUGGAAACACAUUGCACUCUUCCUAUACAUGUGCAAAUCCAUCAUGGCAGUCGACGUCUCGAUGAUUCCAUUUCCAAACUCUCAACCGCAGGUGGCCUCCCCAUCUUCAGAAAGCGCACCAGUUCUGUCACCUACCAAAGACACCAAGUCAGUGGAUAUUGCGGAUAUCUUCUCGAAAGCCAUUUCCGAGCGCUUGGGUGGUUCCGAGUUACAAGAAUUAGUCAUGGCCGAGUGUAACCUGAAUUCUGCAAGCAUCCGCAAAAUCAUCGAUGGCUGUGUCAUUAGUGGUAUCCAGCGUCUCAGUCUUGCAACAAACGACAUAGAUAGCGAAGGGCUUGAACAUGUGUUACGGUACUUGCGUUCCGGGGUCUGUCAAGGUCUCGAUAUCGGAGGCAAUGAUCUCAGAUCUUGGAUAGGCCAGCUUGGUGAAAGCAUAAGACACUGCGAAAACAGUCCACUGUGGGCUUUAUGCUUGCAAGACACCGGUCUUACUCCUGAAUCGCUCAAGGCACUAUUUCCAGUCCUUGUAUCUUUGCCGUCCUUCAAAUUCUUGGAUCUUUCGCAUAACAGGGGCCUCUUCAUGGGCCAGACUUCGCUAUGUCUGCUAAGGAAAUACAUGCCCCAGUUCAAAGAACUGAAACGGAUACAUCUUGUAAACGUGGACAUGAAGCUUGAAGAUGCGAUAGCCAUCGCUGAAAUUCUUCCCGACUGUCCGCAAAUUGCGCACAUCAACCUUCUUGAAAACCCCGAAAUCACACGCGUGGCAACUUCUACAGACGAGGAAACCCAAGAAGAUGCUGCUGCGCUGUACGCAUCUCUCACACUUGCGGCCAAAUUGUCAAAAUCACUUAUAUGUGUCGACGUCGACAUACCAGCUCCCGAACAGAGCGAAGUCGUCAAGGCACUCGCAAAACAAGUUGUGGCGUACUGUUUGCGUAAUAUCGAAUCCAUCAACGAAGUGCCUGAACUUCGUGCUGCACCAAAACAAGUCGAAGUACCGCGCAUCUUGAUGCGUCUUGUGGGCCCAGACAAUGAAGAUGAUAAGGAGAACGACAAUGCAUCGUCAGCCGAUGAUGACUACAUUAUCGGCAGCACGGGCAUUGCUAAAGCCAUGAGCUAUUGCUUAUCUAACAAGGAGUCGGAUCUCAGUAGAGUGUCAGUUCCAAGCGGCACUUCGACUCCAAGGAGUAGAGGCUUAGUUCCAGUACUGGAGGAGCCAAGCAAGGCAAGAGCAAUGUCUAAAGACUUGCUUGAUACGGCGCGUACCACACGAUCAAGGAUCCAACCUGCAUUGAUUCGAGAGGCGAAGAGCGGGAAUGAUGUUAACUACCGCCGUUUAUUGUUCUUGGAUCAAACCCUCCAGGGUAUGAUCCAGCGCUUUGAAGACGAAUAUCCAGAAACCCGUCUCCAGCCUUCAGAAGCUGCCUCUAUUUCUAGCUCCUUACCAAGCGCUUCACCGACUGCUUCUACAGCUCCUGCCCUCGAAAACAGCGUCUUAACAGACAUGACGGCCCCUGAAUCCGAUGAGGACGAACCUCCUACUACACUUCGCUCGCGCCACAACUCCGAUGUCUCUCUCGCAUCCCGUAACAUGUCCCUUGAAGAAGGUCGUCUGCAUCGCUUUGGCCACCGCGUGCGCACUGGUCUUCUCAACUCCCGCCCAAGCACGCCUGAUGAUUCUGAGAACCAGUCUUCCUUCCUUUCGAGCACGGCAGACGAUGAAGGAUUCCCUGAGCACAUUGAAUCGUUGCGCGAGUACUUCAUGAACCACAGUGGUGAUGAUGAGCUCAGGCAUAUGAUUGAGGGUAAAGGAUGGGAAGAGGCUUUUGACAGCGUAGUGAAGAACGCCGAGGAGCUGAAGAACUUGGAGAGAGAGGACCCAACCCAUUUCAAGAUCUUCAAGGAAAGUCAAAUUGCUGCCUUGAAAAAUCGUAAUCCAGACUUGUUUGCUCCAGGGGAGAAGCACGUCAAGAGCGACGGAGAUGGUGAUGAUUUUGCUGUUGAAGACUAG